CGCAUACGCUUCUGCGCUUCAUUCACUGCCCGACCGCUGACGAGCACACAGGCCGCCGUGAACUCUCCCGAGGCCGGAUGGUAAAAUCCAACCUCCAGCGGAUCCUCAAUAGUCAUUGUUUUGCCCGUGAGAAAGAAGGAAAGAAACUGAGUAAAAGCAGCAGCAUGGAUGCGCUCAGUAACAGUAUUAAUGACAUGAUGGGAAGUCUGUCUUUGUGUUGUAGUUGUACCGCUGGUCCAGGGCCUCUGUGGUGCUCCGAUGCCCCUCACCCACCUCUGAAGAUCCCAGGUGGGCGAGGGAAUGGAGCACGGGAUCACACAUCUACAGCUCAGCAGCUGUACUCAGACAGGAAGUUGACUGUGACAGAAGAGCCUGGUGGGGGCGGUCGCCCCCGGAUACUGCACUUCAGGAGCCAGCCCACCGUGUCCCGCACCAUCCAAUGGGAGGCGGCACUGAGAGGCGAUGGUCUGUUUGUGGAGAUUCCUUGCGACCCGUUUCCAGAGGGCAGCAAGGAGAGCUUUAUCGCUCUGCUGGAGUUUGCUGAAGAACAUCUGAAGGUCGGCAGUGUUUUUGUCUGUUUCUAUAAGAACAGGGACGACCGUGUGAAACUAAUGCGUGCGUUCAGCUUUCUGGGCUUUGAGAUGGUGAAACCGGGUCAUGCUUUGGUCCCCACUCGACCUGACGUUCUCUUUAUGGCCUACAACUUUGACAGGGAUUCCUCGGACGAAGAUUAGAUUCUCCUCAUCCUCCCCGGUCCUCUUUCAUUCUCCCCAUCACCUGCUUCUGUUCCCACAGCCCGUCUGUAAAUCCACAGUCAUACAGGUGGAUGUAUGGAAUAAAUUAGUGAUUUAGUUUAGAUUCUGUUCACAUUCACAGUUUAAUGUAGUCUUUCCCCUCAGCUUUGCCCCGAGUGUUUUGUUUAUCAAGAGAUUAUCUAUUAAUGCUUGUUUGUUUAUAAAUUGUUUCAGUUUCUGGAAUGUAAAAAAGGUCAUGUUUUUUUUUUCGUUUGGGUACGUAAGGUCUUUAUUUUGAUUGGAUAUUGAGUUUAAUGUUUAUUUGUUCUUUUAAUAUUCCUAUUCAAAUGGAAGUUUAGUCUAUGAAGUCGUGUUGGUUUUGAGGGGUUUUACAGGCUGUUUGUUCAUCAUUUAUGGUCAGUUUUUGAUGUUUUUUUUUACCUCAAUGUUCUUCAGUGGCACAGCAACAGUUUUGAAGUGAAUUGGGCCUGAACAGCUUAAAGUAUGCGAUUUUGAUGUGUGUUGCUUUUUUUUUUAGAUGUGACUUAUGUUAUUAGAAAAAAACUGCUUGUAUGACAACACCUUCGGUACAGAGUGUGAAAUUGACACAUCCAAAGCUUGUUUACCUCUUUAUUUUGUAUAUCAGAAUCUUGUUUGGUCUUUUGAGUUUUUCUGGGCUGAUUGUGCUCGAGUCUCAUUCUGUCCGUGUGUUUAUUCUUCACUUUGUUGAAAACCACCUUCACCUCUUUAGUGGUACAUACUGCUUCUGUGACAAUAAAGUUCAUCAUUUAACAAAAA